AGAACAUCAGAUUGGACAAGAUGUCUGUUGAUAAACGUACCGCAUGGGGUCGCAUGAUGAUUCUGCCCUUGUUGAAGAUCCUUUACACAGGAGCUGAUGUAGAGAGUGUCAAUUUAAGGACACCCCCAUUUUUUUUAUGGAAUGGACAAAUCUCUACCUUUCUUGCAUUUUACUGAGUCACCCCUCUUAUAGAAAUGGAAGAUGCCUGGCUAAGCAGUGAACAGGAGGGUACUGACCUUGUGUGGCUGUAUUGGUCACUUGUGGCAGAACCUUGCAAGUGAACAGUGCAAACACUCAAGGUGUCCCUUCCUGCCCUCUGUUUUACAGAUUUUUUUCGCCAGCCUCAGUCACCCUGUCCGCAUAUUACAUUUUGGAGGCACAAGAGGGAUGAGCAUGUCACUCUGGCUCACCACCCUGGGGCAGAGAGGCGCCAUUGUGCUCAUCCAGUGAUGUGGACCCAGCGGUUGUUUCCAGCAUAAGCCGGUGAGCCCUACUCGGCUGUAACAGUGGAAGGAGGCUGAACCUGACGCACAAGGAACCGGGUGAGUGGAGGAAGUUGUACCUUACGUCACCUGAUCAAGAGAGUAGUCGAGGCUAGGCAACAGGACCCACCUGUCACAGCAAAGAUGGAGGAUGCUUUGCAGGCUUACGAGUUGGUGACAACCAAGUUGAGUUGUCUCACCACGGCUAAGCUUGAGCAAGUAGCAGUACAACUGAAGCUGGUACUCAAGGAAAAUGACAACUGACUACGGCUUCUUAGACAAAUCACCAAUCACUUGAGCAGUGAUGAAGUUCAAGAGAUGCCAGAUGAGGGGCUAGGACUUCUAGAGGGCAUCGCUGAAUUUUCGCAGGGUAUUGACGCAUCGUCCACAACGCAUGAGGAGACGCCACCCAUCGCUCCAGUCCCCGAGGAACCCGCACCAACGAAAGCGGACACAACAGCCAUUGCUGCCACUUCACCCACUCCAACAGCUGUUAUGAAAUCUGAUACAAAGAUGGUGCAGAUGCUAGCAAGGGAUUUAAGAUCUCUGCACAAAUUGGCGAUCCUGGCCAGACAGAUCGCCUCACUUUCGUCAGCCUAGCUAACCAGCUGGAGGCAGGAUUGGAGAAGGGUUACUCGGACCGGGAUAUUGUCCGAGCAGUGAUUCGCGCUAUUGUCCCGGGUUCCCCCCUACGAAGUUAUCUGGAAGGGAGAAGCAAGUUAUCGUUGCCCAGUUUGCUUUGCAUAUUUCCUGCUCAUUUCCAGGAGAAAGAGGCCACUGAACUGUAUAAACAGUUGUCUCAACUGACACAGGAACCCAAGGAGUCACCAAAAGCUUUUCUGCUUCUUGCACUUGACCUGCGUCAAAAAUAAUCUUUGCCAGCCAGGAGGCCAACUCCCCAUUGUCUUAUGAGCCACACAGAUAGUACAGCAGAUGUUUUGACACAGCGUGCUCACGGAGCUGCGCAGUGAUGCCAUCAAGAUGGAAGUCCCACCACACCUGGAUGACCCCGAGCUAACUGACGAGGCCUUGUUUGAGAAGCUUAAUGUCUGCUCAAGCCUUGAGGCAGAAAGGAAAAAGAAGUUGGCAACCCUCAGUGAGGUCCAGGAAGUGGGCCCAGACAAGAAGUAAGCCCCCAAAAACAAGGCCUGCUGCUAGCAGAGAUUAAUCAUCUGAAGAAUGGCAUCGCUGAGUUGCCUUGCCUAAAAGAUUAAGUAAGUAGCAGCACUCCAAGCAUCCUUGAGUGACAACCCCAGGAGAACCUAACCAGCGGCUAAGUCAAAAGCACGUGUGCGCCGUGGAUGCUAGGACUGCCAGCAAAACGGCAGAGGAGAAACUUGUGACCAGUGCUUCAGAUGCGGAUCAGCAGAACACUUUGCACGGGGCUGCCGUCAAGCCAGAAACACACAUCAGGGAAACAAUGGACAGCUGCACCCGGGGGACAGAGUGUAGCCAGAUCCAGAAAAACGUCCCAGUUCAAAGAAGUAACAUCCCCUUCAAUGCCUACCGUCUGUCACAUCUCGCCUCAGCAUCACCACAAAAUCACCAAGCUUGUGGGUCACCGUUGCACCAUAGAUUGAUACCUCAAUGACGUUCCAUCAACUGUGUUGUGGGACACUGGAGCCCAAAUUUCCUUGGUUAGCAUCACUUGGCUUCGCCACAACCUGCUUGAGAUUGUUAUUCAUCCAGUUUCAGAGCUUGUCCAGUAUGAGCAGAAUCUUGAUCUCCGAGCUGCCAAUGGUACAACAGUUCCAUUUGAAGGUUGGGUUGGGAUGGAGAUCCAGAUGAAAACACCCAAGACUUGGCUGCAGCUGUCCUUUCCUGCCUUGGUGACCAAUGACCAGCUGCAGCAACCUAUCAUAGGUUGCAACGUAAUAGCGAUGGUCGUCAAACUUUCCGGUUGGGAUGCAAGCAGCAUAGUGGGGGAGGCCAUCAAAAGCAUUGAGCUAACCCAAGCUGAAAAGUUGGUCAACUUGAUCCAGACCAACAAUCCGGAGGAGAUCAGCAUCAUUAAGUCCGGAUGAAACAAUGUAACCAUCCCCAGCCACAGCAACACUGGUAUCCGGUGCCAGACACACACAGGACUGACAGAAAAGAUGACAGUACUCUUUGAACCUGCAGUUGAAAGCCAGUUGCCCGAAGGUCUCCAAGUGGACAAGACUGUCGUAAACCUGACUCCAGGUAGCCAUUUUAACGAUCAGAGUGACCAACACCACAAGCCAAAACAUUACAUUGCGUCGGCGGAGUCUCCUGGGACACCUUCGAUUGAUCCACUCAGUACAUCCCAUAGAACCCUCAGUGUUCCACAAAUGGACCCUAUGUCCUACCAAAACUGAUGCCCAGCAUCACACUGUAAUAAACAGUGUAUCAUCGGAGAGCAAUUGGCUACCACUGGUGGACCUGAGCCAUUUGGCACAAGCACAGAGAGCUGCUGCAGAAAAUCUACUCCGAGAAGAAUCGGCAGCAUUCGCCAAAGAUGAAACUGACUGAGGCUGCAUACAUGACCUUCAGAUGAAAAUCAAGCUGCGUGAUGAGGAACCCGUGCGGAAGACGUACAUGUCCAUGCCACGCCCGCUGUAUCAAGAGGUCCACACAUACCUGGCAGACUUGAUUAGCCGGGAUUGGAUUAUUAAAUGCACCUCACCAUAAUCAUUUCCAGUGGUCUGUGUAAGGAAAAAAGAUGGCAGCCUUCAACUCUGCAUUGAUAACCGGGAUUUGAAUCAAAAGACCAUGCCUGAUCGUCAGCCAAUCCCUCGGAUCAAGGAUGAGCUAGAUAGCUGGGGGCAACCACUGGUUUUCUGUCCUUGACCAGGGGAAAACUUACCACCAGGGUUUCAUGACUGAAGAAAGCCGCCACCCUUACAGCCUUUAUCACACCUUCGGGACUUUACGAGUGGGUCCAAAUUCCUUUUGGACUCACAAAUGCCCCAGCAGUCUUCCACAGGUUUAUGGAAACCUGCCUAGAUGGCCUCAAUGGGGAAAUUGCGAUGACUUACCUCAACGAUUUUGUUGUCUUUAGUGACAACUUCCAACACCACGUUGAUCACCUAAGGCAGGUCCUGAAGCGGUUGCAAGCUCAUGGUGUGAAGUUACGACCUAACAAGUGCAAGCUCUUUCGAUCAGAGGUACGUUACUUGGGCCGACUUGUGUCAGCAGAGGGCCAUCGGUUAGACCCAUCUGACAUUGCUGCCAUCAAAUCCCUCAGUGAGAGAAGACCAGACACCAUUGGAGACGUGAGAAAAUUGCUUGGCCUAAUUGGGUACUAUUGCAGUUACAUCCAAGAUUUUUCACGUAUCUUAAGACCUCUUUACGACCUACUGAAGGUGACACCUGGUGUUGGGCAGGGCAGCCAGAGGACAAACACCUGAGGAAACACCAAAGGCAAGAUGAAGCCAGGACAAAAGCUGUCAAAACAGAAAGUGGACUGGAAGGACCAUCAUCAGAGUAUCCUGGAGAAGAUCCGGACUGGAAGGACCAUCAUCAGAGUAUGUAUCCUGGAGAAGAUCCUUGGUUUCCUUUUGUCACCACCUGUCAUGGCAUUUCCCAACUACCAGGAGCCAUUUGUCUUACAUACUGAUGCCUCUAACGAGGGACUUGGAGCAGUACUAUAUCAGCGACAACAAGAGAAAAUGCGAGUCAUCGCUUAUGGGUAUCGAGCACGCAGUCUUGCGAGAGGAAUUGUCACCUUCACUCUAGGAAACUUGAAUUCCUGGCAUUGAAAUGGGCGAUAACGGAAAAGUUCAGGGAUUACCUUUUCUACUCACCAGAGUUCACUGUCUAUACAGACAACAAUCUCUUGACUUAUAUCAUCUCCACGGCUCGAUUAAAUGCCACAGGGCAUUGAUGGGUGGCUGAGUUAGCCGAUUUCAAAUUUCACUAUACGUACUGUUCUGGCCGGAACAACGCUGAUGCAGAUACACUCUCCAGGUUACUGCUGGACGUAGAAAAGUUUAUGGAUGACUGCACAGCUGAAGUGGCCUGUAAAGAUCUCGGCGCCACCAUCAAUGCCAUACAAGCCCAAGGGAACGGCAUGACCACGUGGGCUGCAACCAUUGCCAUAAGCCCUCCAUCCUCAACACCAACUGCGAGUGGCCAGAUACUCAGUAGGGAUGACAUCCAACGAGCUCAAGAAGAGGACCCGGCUGUCGCCCGUGUGAUCUCCUAUGUCCAGAAGGAUCGGCGGCCACACAGAAAGCAACAAACACGGGACCAUCCAGACACAGUUGCCUUGUUACGUGACUGGGCCUAUCUUAGUCUCGAGGAUGGCCUUCUCCUCAGAAAGAAAGGAUCCCAGACCCAGGUGAUAGUUCCACCACAGCUUCGUCCAAUGGUCGACAUGGAGCUCCAUGAUAACAUGGGACACAUCAGUGCGGGGCGUGUCCUUGACCUGGCCAGGGACUGCUUUUUCUGGCCGUACAUGCAGCGGGACGUGGAGAAGUACUGCAUGAAGGUAUGUCCCUGCCUCAAGGACCGGAAACCUGCCCAGCAGACACGAGAACCCCUUGGUAAAAUUGCCACUACCGCCCCCUUUGAAGUUAUUUCCAUUGACUUCCUUCAUCUGGAGAGAAGUAAAGGGGGAUAUGAAUACAUCUUGGUGGUAAUCGAUAACUUCACAAGAUUUGCCCAAGCAUAUGCAACCAGGGAUAAGUCUGGUAGAACCACAGCUGAGAAGAUCUUUAACAACUUUGUCCUUCGCUUUGGCUAUCCCCACCGCAUCCACCAUGAUCAAGGCGGCAAAUUUGAGAACAAACAGGUGUGGCAAGUUUGAGAACAUCACCCUAACACCCUAAAGGGAACGGCCAAUGCGAGAGACUGAACCGGACUCUUCUGGCAAUGCUAAAGACGCUCAACAAGGAACAGAAGGCAAAUUGGAAGGAGUCUCUACCUAAGGUCGUCCAUGCCUACAACUGCACGCCAAAUUUUUCCUCCUGUACGGAAGAUCUCCUCGCUUGCCAGUCAGUUUUGCCUUUGGCCUGAAUCCAAAUACUGGAACAGGUACCACAGAUCACAACCAGUUUGUGAGGAACUGGAAAGCCCAAAUGGAGGAGGCAUACUCCAUAGCCGCACUCCAAGCUGGUAAGUCCACCCAGCGAGGGAAGACAUACCAUGAUCGUAAAUCCUACAGCUUUGUCCUUCAACCUGGAGAUUGGGUACUGGUCCGGAAUGUGGGCAGACAUGAGGGCCCUGGGAAGCUUGUCUCUCACUGGGAAGACAAUGUCUACGUUGUCGUGUGCAGAAAAGGAAUUGACUCCCCUGUGUACGAAGUCCGUCGGGAAAAGGGUAACGGCAAACUUCAAGUCCUUCACCGCAAUCUCCUUUUGCCUUGCAACAGCACUGGACAAUGAUCCACAGCCGAGCAACACCUAGCGGAGAGGUACACCCAAAGCGACUUCCAAUCGACAACCUUGCCAGAUUUCUUCUCCCAGGUCUGGUGACUCUAGUUCCGACGAGGAAUCUCCUGUGGUCCUUCUUCCGCGUACUCAAAGUCAGCAGUCCUCCGGUACUCACAUGCACCGGGUGACUCUGGAUCCUGCAGCAGUACCCUUUGAACCAACACAAGUAGAAGACCUUGUUCAAAGCCCAGUGGAGGAUCAAUUUGAAGCUGUUGGCGGAGA